AGGUGCACCCCGGUGGGAACCUGCUCUGUGCGGAUGGAGCCCAGGGGUGCGGGUGGGCGAAGGCCUCAUUGGGAUUCAGGAGGCAGCCCUGCCAAGUGAGCUCCGUGCUUUCAUUCCCCUGGCGAAUAGCACUGGCCGCCAGGCGGGCAGGCCCAGGAGGCCCGGUGACGCCCCCUGCCCCUCUACCCCUCACCCAGAGAGCUGCUCUCUGAGCCGGACUCUGCAGAGCGUGCGACAGGGACGUGGCCUCUCUGCCAUCUGUGACCAAGCGCUGUGACCAGCCGUCCGAGAAGGCAGUGGCCGCAUCCCUGCGGCAGUGGCCGCCUUCCCCGGCGCCAUGACCCGGGAGGAGCCUUACCAGGAGGAGUUCAGUUACGACAGGGUCCCUGCCCUGGAGCGGAGCCGGCCAGACACCCAGACCAAUGACCUCCAGUUUUCCAAGCGGCUCCCGCCCUGCCUCAGCUACAAGACCUGGGUCUUCUCCAUGCUAAUGGGGAGCUGCCUCCUGGGGACAUCGGGGUUCUCCCUCUACCUGGGCAACGUGUUUCCGUCUGAGAUGGACUAUCUCCGCUGCGCGGCAGGCGCGUGCCUCCCUGCGGCCAUCGUGAGCUUCACUGUCUCAAGGAGACACAUAAACGCGAUCCCCAGCUUCCAGGUCUUGUUUGUGGCCACCUUUGCCAUCACGACGACAUGCUUGAUUUGGUUUGGAUGCAAGCUGGUCCUGAACCCGUCAGCAGUGAACAUAAACUUCAACCUGGUCCUGCUGCUCCUGAUGGAACUUUUCAUGGCUGCCACUGUGAUCAUCUCUGCCAGGUCCAGCGGGGAGCUGCCCUCAGGGAAGGUGCCCACGACCGACAGAACCAACAUCCUGAAUGAGGUCGCCUUCCCCGCGCGGGUCCUGAAGUUCUACUCAGUCAUUGAGGUCAUGUCCGGCAUCUCGGCCUUCCUGGGUGGGGUCAUCGCACUAAAUGUGGACGAGGGGGUCUCAGGCCCCCACCUCUCCGCCACCUUCUUCUGGAUCUUGGUGGCUUGUUUCCCCAGUGCCAUCGCCAGCCACGUGACAGCCGAGUACCCCAGCAAGUGCCUGGUGGAGGUGCUGCUCGCCAUCACCAGCAUCACGUCCCCGCUGCUCUUCACGGCGUCCGGGUACCUGUCCUUCAGCAUCUUGCGCAUGGUGGAGAUCUUUAAGAAUUACCCACCGGCCUUCAAAGUAGGUCUGCUCUCCUCCUACUACCACGCUCGGGAAAUAAAGCCGGAGGCCCGGUGGCGUACCCAGUGAACACCCGUGCUCCUCGGCGGGUCGGAGGGAGGUCAAGGUCUCCCACAGGCACCUUGGAAGCAAGGCUGGCACCCAGCCUUGAAGCCCUGGUGCAGCGGGCUCUGCUGGGUGUGCAGGCGGGGAACGGAGGGGUGGAGGCUGAUCUGUGACCAGAGAUGCUUCCUUCGGCGUCUUUGAAGCACGUGGCUGCCUUUGAGUGUGGUGUGAGGGGUGCCUUUGCCCGUUCCCACUCACAGCCGCCCACCCAUCCACGGCAGCGGGAAACACCGUGGGCCACGUGGCGCCUGAGCCCACGGUUGCAGACACGGUUUCCAUCCCUCUCCUGGAGGGCCUUCCCUGUCUCCGGGGCCCUCCGCUUUGCCCAGCCAGAUUCCCUCCUCCGGGGACUGGUUCCCUGUCACGUCCAGUGUAGGCAAGAUGAAGUCUUUCUGCCGGCCGGCUGCCCUUCUGAGCAGCAUUUGUGAGGUAGGUCUGAGAUGCCUCUUCAGUGUCGACAACACAGCCCUCCCUGGUGGCUCAGUGGUUUAAGUGCUCUGCUGCUAACAGAGGUUGGCAGUUCAAACCCACCUUGGAGACGCAGCUUUCUAAUCUUGCAGAGUUGCAGUCUGGGAACCCCACAGGGGCAGCUGAGAGUCAGAAUCCACUCUUAGCGAGCAUUUUGUAUGUUGUUGUCUGUCUCUUCCGGUGAGCCCGGUCCCGCCCUGCCCGCCCCAGUCUGAUACUCUGUUCUCUGCUCUUUCACGGCCCUCCAUGCACUGGUGCAUUGCACGGGCCCUCCAUGCACUGGUGCAUUGCACGGGCCCUCAGGGUUCAUUUUGGCCAGAAUUGCAUUGACUUUUAGGCUGAUUGGAGGAGAGUCGAGGGCCUGUGUAAACAAGGAGCUGUAAGCGAAUUGCUCAGAGCUGAUAAGAUGCCCAGAUUGCUUCAGAGAGCCAGGGUGGGGGCUUGGUCUAUAACACAAAAGCCCCACACCAACACUCUGCCGUCCAGUUGAAGCUGACUCAGGGUAGAACUGCCCCGUGGGACAGGUUCCAAGCCUGGAACGGUUUAUGGGAGUAGAAAGCCUUGUCUUUCUCCCUCGGAGCAGUAACGGGUUUCCAACUGCUGACCUUGUGGUUAAGAGCCCAACUCUGAACCCAGUACGGCCCCAGGACCAUUUUGGGUUGAGAUGGCAAGAUGUAUUUCCUUUCUUUUUUUUGGUUGCCAUGAUAAAUGCUACAUCUCAAGUGUUUGUGAUUAAUGCAUCUUGAGAUUCAACAGUGGGUCACGCCUGGCUACCGUGCGCCCGCCCCCCAUGUGCCUGCGCUCUGCCCUGACUUCUUCCAACACAGACCUGUUCCUCUCCACACAGUGACAUCAGGAGGGGCGGCUAAUGGGCCUACUUAUGGUUGUGUGCAUAUCUUUUGUGCCUACCAUUUUCCAGUGGGCUGUGGAGGAUGCCGCCCGCCAACCGAGAGAAGUCAUCAGUGCCCUCAGCUGGCAUCUGCUGCCGUUUGGCGUUUCUCCUGGGAGUGUUUCUGUGGUUAAAGGGACCCCCACUUGCUGUGUGUCCCUGACUAGAAGGGCCGGCCAUGUGUCUGUCCACUGCACCAUGGUGGGCCAGGACCUUGUCCUUUUUCCAGUGACGAUGUAGCUGUCUACAGGCCGCAGGGCACCACAGGUCCACUUGUGCUCAGUCCAGAGGUGCUCUCGGCUUGUGCCGGUUGCAGAAUCUCCUCUGGUUUCUGUGCUGGUGCCACGCCGUUUCAGUGAUGGUGGUUUUGCCAUAUGCUUCCCUGGUGGAGGGCAAGGUACUAGGCCUCUUUCUCAGGAUUUAACCAGCCCCACUGCCUGGAGUUGGCCUCACUGUGCCACAGGGUGGAACCGCACUCCACGGGGUGUCAAAGGCUGAUUUGUCAAAACAAAUCACCAGGCCUUUCCCCCGUGGUGCCUUGGGUGAACCCUAACCUGCCACCUGUACCCCCCACCAGCAGCCAAGAGUGCUUACCGCUGAUGCCACCCAGGGCUCUUCUCAGGGCCCAUUGGGCUGCUCCUCCCUGUUUUCCUUUCUGAAUUUGAAGACUACUACGCCCGGCUUCAGAGUGCUAGCGUUGGGGUCCCGUAAAACUGCAUGAACUUGUGGGUGGCAUUCACUCUCCCGAUUUUAAAGUAGUGACACUGAGUGGACACUGGACUUCUUUCUUUCUUUUAAAAUACUUU